UCGGCAUUUCCCAAAAUGACCUGCUCUCUCUCCAUCUCAGUGCUCAUCUGCCGGAACUAUCGCGGUGAUGUGGACAUGUCGGAAGUGGAGCACUUCAUGCCCAUCCUGAUGGAGAAGGAGGAGGAGGGGAUGCUGUCGCCCAUCCUGGCCCAUGGGGGCGUCCGCUUCAUGUGGAUCAAGCACAACAACCUGUACUUGGUCGCCACUUCCAAGAAGAAUGCGUGCGUGUCACUGGUGUUCUCUUUCCUCUAUAAGGUGGUGCAGGUGUUCUCAGAGUACUUCAAGGAGCUGGAGGAGGAGAGCAUCCGCGACAACUUUGUCAUCAUCUAUGAGCUGCUGGAUGAGCUCAUGGACUUUGGCUACCCCCAGACCACGGACAGCAAGAUUCUGCAGGAGUACAUCACUCAGGAAGGCCACAAGCUGGAGACGGGCGCCCCGCGGCCCCCCGCCACCGUCACCAACGCCGUGUCCUGGCGGUCCGAGGGCAUCAGGUACCGGAAGAACGAGGUGUUCUUGGACGUCAUUGAAUCUGUCAACCUCUUGGUCAGUGCCAACGGCAACGUCCUGCGCAGCGAGAUCGUGGGCUCCAUCAAGAUGCGGGUCUUCCUCUCGGGCAUGCCCGAGCUGCGCCUGGGCCUCAACGACAAGGUCCUCUUCGACAACACAGGCCGCGGCAAAAGCAAGUCCGUGGAGCUGGAGGACGUGAAGUUCCACCAGUGCGUGCGGCUCUCCCGCUUUGAGAAUGACCGCACCAUCUCCUUCAUCCCGCCCGACGGCGAGUUCGAGCUCAUGUCCUACCGUCUCAAUACCCACGUCAAGCCCUUGAUAUGGAUCGAGUCAGUGAUUGAGAAGCAUUCCCACAGCCGCAUCGAGUACAUGAUCAAGGCCAAGAGCCAAUUCAAGCGGCGGUCAACAGCCAACAACGUGGAGAUCCACAUCCCUGUGCCCAAUGACGCCGACUCGCCCAAGUUCAAGACAACGGUGGGGAGCGUCAAGUGGGUCCCUGAAAACAGCGAGAUCGUGUGGUCCAUCAAGUCCUUCCCAAUUACCAGCUCCGGACCCAGUGAGGGUCAGUGCCAGCCUGGUGCAGGGGCUCCUGGGGAAGCACUGGAAACCUGCCAAGCCCGUCGGAAGGACACCACGACACUGGCCACCAUCCCGGCUCUGCCGGGAGACCCCUCCUCCUCCGGACGUACCUGCUCUGCCGUCUCACACUUGUCUCCGAAGCCCCUUCCCCCGGAAGAGGCUUGUCUUCCAGAUGCCCCGUCUCCUCGCCCGGGGCCGCCUGGGGAGGGAGCAGUCUUCCCCAGAGGCCACGGCAGCCUCGGCUGCGCCGUCCCAGGCACAGGAACCUGGGAACUCCCAGCUGCUCGGGGCACGUUCUGGCCGCCUGCCGUUCUGUCGGCUGUGUUUCCUGAGUGUCUCUGGGGUUUUGUCUUCGUCCUCGUUGCUGUUUACGUGAACCGUGCUCUCUGCUCCUCCUGCUCCUCGUCCCGAAGCUCUCAGCAGCACUUAGUGGGGACAGGAGCCCCUCCCCGGCCUCCUUCCACACUGCGCAUCCUCCACCGGGGCCAGAGCCCAGCACUUCGGCCCCUGGGGCUCCUGGCCUGGACCGCAGGCUUCGGUGAGGUGCCUCCCCAGGGCCGCCUGUGCCACACAGGCUGUCGCUCCACCACAUCAGUGUUUGUCCGCGGGGAGGGGGUGCAGGGAGCCCCUGGCCUCAGAGGACACAGGUCAUCCACACCUGUGCUCGGCCACCCCUCCCCAUCUGUGUUUGUGUCAUAAUGAGAUUAAAUUUCAUUAAUUAAA